UCUCAUAAUAAUGCUUUUUCUCAUAAAUUUCUGACCUUAUUCCCAUAAUAUUACAACUUUUUUUCUCGUAAAUGUACUACUUUAUUCUCAUAAAUGUACACCUUUACUCUCAAAAUCUGAGAUUACUUUUAUUUCCAAUGUCUCUCGAAUCCUUGGUCGUAAACCCAGCUCAGGUUCCCCUUGAUGGAAAACUGGAAUAUGAAUACCAUUCUGGCAAUAUCAGCAUCUAAAUUGUGACUGGUGUGGAUGUAUUGGUAAAUGUAUUAUUUAAAUGGAUUUCCCCUGGCAGGUUAUUUGCUCAGACUUACCGUUACCAUAGGUUACCAUGGUGACAGGUCCUCCACUUUUCUAGAAAAGCGCAUGCAUGCACUAUGGAGUGUGUGGUUCUGGCGUUUACUUUCAGUGACGGAGAAGACUCAAGGGACUUGGUAGAGAUGCUCCUGAACUGCACGUCAGACAACCGGACCAGCUCUUUGUUCACCUCCAAACUGAGCGCCGCUGCAGACAUAUGUGUGGGCCUGGCCAUCCUCUCCAUGGUUGUGCUGUCAGUUCUCGGCAAUGGCGUCGUCCUGCUGAUCUGUUACCGCCGCCGCAAGAAGAUGGCGAGCACCGAGCUCCUCUGCGUCAACCUGGCCGUGGUGGACUUCCUAUGCUGCAUCUGCUUCUACCCGCUCUCCAUUUUGUCAUCCUUCCGACACGCGUGGCUGGGAGAAAACUUCACCUGUGUUUACUAUGGCCUGGGAUGCUUCAUCUUCGGCCUGUGCGGCAUGUUCACCAUCGCCGCCAUAAGCAUCUUCCGCUACCUGAAGACGUGCUACAGCUUGGUUUAUGCUGUGUGGCUGGAAGGCACCAACAUCCGGCUGCUGUGUUGCGGCAUCUGGCUGGUGGCCACAGUGUGGUCCAGCUUCCCUCUUUUCGGCUGGGGCGAGUACGUCCCCGAACCCUACGGACUGUCCUGCACCAUCGCCUGGCGCGGUUAUCACACCUCCGCUAAGGACGCCUUCUACGUCAUCUGCUCCUUCAUCUGCUUCACGCUGCUGCCCGUCCUCCUCAUCGUGGUGUCCCAGUGUCAGAUCAUCUACAAGGUGUCCCGCUUUUCGUACUCUCUGUCGGCACGAGGCAUUCAGAACAACCUGCGGCAUGCUGAGAAACGACUCUCCAUGAUGUUUUUCUGCAUCAGUCUCGGUUAUGUCGUUGCCUGGGCGCCAUACGCUAUUGUGUCCUUCCUUUUCAUAUUCCACAAGGAGAACCAGUACAUGGCUCCAGAGGGCUUCGUGUUCCCUGCCCUCUUCGCCAAAAGUUCCCACAUCUACAACCCCUUCAUUUACUUCUACUUCAACAAGACUUUCCAGCGGGAGCUCCAGUCCCUGCUCAUGUCUUUCUUCCCCAAGAUGGGAGGAAAUCGGGUCGGGGUCCACAUAGCCCCUGACCCCAUCCAUAUCCAGCUCCAGGACAGAAGCAAUGUGGGGAAGCGGUCUGCUUUAUCGCACGAUCACAUGCACAGCAAGGGUAGGGUCAAAUGCAGCAAAGGUACCAACGGUACCCCCACCCAUGGUAGACUGGUGCCCAAUUGUUGGGUGUCCUCACCAAAGAAUGUCCCCAUCAUCUUGGAAAAUAAACCUGUCAGUGACUCUUUGUCUGCUUAUACGGACUCGAUUUAGAGCCAUCUAUAAAAUCAUAGAAAAUAUGUAUAAAUGACAUUUUAAACAAUAGAAAAAGUAAAAUAACAACACCUGUUUAUCAUCGGUCAUCAUUUCAACAGACCCCCACUUGACAUGAAGUCAAACUACAUUCAUGCAACCCUCCAAGAACGAAGGCUAUGUACUAAUUACGCAUUUUCCAUAUUCACUGUGGAUGCAUGUUUUGAAUAAAUCUUGUAAUUGAAUGUGAACAAUAACCCAUAGACACAUUAGAGAUAACGCAUCGUUUGAAUAGCUGUAUUGAUUGCAUAUACAGGAUGACUGAAUGUUCCCUCUAAUUGCACAUUGUUGUGACCGGACUCCUUGGUUAUGAUGUUGUGCUUGUAUCAUUCUGUACAGGGUAUGACAAGUUCAUUAUCUAGCUAUAGUCACUUCCAGUUGACAUUUCCAUCUAGUCUGGAUACACUGUACAUAUUCACUUGUAUUAAUAUAGUUGAUAAAUUUAUGCUUCCACAUUCAACAUACUGGUGCAG